ACAUUCUCGGCUUAGCUGUCAAUUUUUUCUGUAAUUUUGUGUGUAGUGUUUUGUCAAAAAUUGAGUUUUUACACAUGAAAAGUGGAUUUGCUAAAGGAAAAUUAGGGCAAUUGAGAAAAGUGCUUUCAAAACAUUAUCUGUGCAAAGUGUAAAAAUACCCCCAGAAGCAAUUAAAAGCAACAAAAGCAAAACUCCACCUACAACACUUCAAACAAACCUACAAUUUGUGCAAAAAAGGGCAGAUUUUCUUUGGAUUAAUUCAACUUUUCCUUCACAUCUCAUCCGAUUUUACCUUCCAACAUUAAUGUCCGUAAAUGUUGUGAAAUUUCACAAUGGACACAUUGCAAGUUGGUUCACAAAGUCAAACAACUGGAAGUAGCAAGACAUCUAGUCGAGCAGCAUCACCGUGUCGUUCUGACCAAAGUAAUUGUUAGUUAGUGGCCUUAUUAUGGCCUAAUAGAGAAUAGUGUUUUAGUAACAAAACAAGACAACACAACAUAAUUCGUUUUCACUUCUCAUCUUGCCUUAAUUUUUUUUUUAGUUUUUGUUCUCCUUAAUUUCGUUUUUUUUUUGUCUAAAUUUCUUUUUAAAAGUGCUUUAGCUUUUUUUCUACCUACAUGAACUUACGUCAAUUUUGCUCUAUUUUUCUGACAAAAUACUGAAUACUCAGCAGCAAUACUGUUACACAUUACACGCUCAUUUAUUUUCAAUUGAACUACAAAAGAAAUGAAAAAAAGAAAAACUGAUUUAAAAAAAAAACUCCAAGUAAAUAACAUUUUUACAAAAACAAGACGGUGGUGCUUGGGAUGAAGCGACUGAUGCAAAUUGCCUAUAGUUUAAUUGUUUUAGAACAUAAGAAAAAGAAAUGAAAUGAAAACACUUAAUAGAAUAUUGCAGUGAAGAAAAAAAGAAAUAUCUGUGUGUAAAGAAAAAAAGAAUCUGAGAAUAAGAAUUUCCCUAUUCCCGCACAUCCUCCAAUCAACUACCUACGAAAAUAACAAGUGUCCAGAGACCGUGAAACGACUGAUUCUGCCACGGGCGGGGGAGGAAUGCGCUUCAGUAGGAACCAGAGUCCGUCCACGCAUAGGCGCAGCAGAGAGAGAGAUCGUGGCGGUGCAGAUAAACAAGUACAACAGAGAGAAAUUGAGAGUAGCACGGAAGAUCGUGGCAAUAUGACGGCAGAACAUCAUCAUACAGAUCUCUUUGAUGAUUCUCGGUUGUCUGGGACCGAAGAAAUUGGUUAUCAGACAUUUACCAGUACAGAAGACGUCAUAGAUAGGCAGCCAAUGUCCUUUCACAGUGAAGGGCGUCAACAUCAAAGGACCAACAGUUGUCAGGCCUUGGAUAGACUCAAUACCAAAAUUGCCUGUACUAAGGAGUCAAUUAGGAAGGAACAGACUGCUAGAGAUGACAAUGUCAAUGAGUACCUUAAGUUAGCGGCCAAUGCGGAUAAGCAGCAACUUCAGCGAAUUAAGGCGGUGUUUGAGAAGAAAAAUCAAAAGAGUGCCCACACAAUAUCGCAGCUGCAGAAAAAAUUGGAAUCAUACAGCAAACGUGUGAAGGAUCUGCAGUAUAGUCAGCGGAGUCAACAGCAGCAGACUCAUCAGCACCAGAGUCAUCGGCAACCGCGAGAAGUUCUGCGUGAUGUUGGUCAAGGCCUCAAGAAUGUUGGUGGAAACAUUCGCGAUGGCAUUACGGGACUCGGUGGCUCUGUUAUGUCAAAACCACGAGAGUUUGCACAUUUAAUUAAAAACAAAUUCGGAAGUGCUGAUAAUAUUAAUCAACUAUCCUCAACCUGGUACACAGAUCCCGAGCUCAAUACCCUGAAUCUGGCUGGGAUGGAGUCACAAUCGCAACAUGGUGCUGGUGGAACAUCAACACCCAAUAACACUAUGAUUGUUACGAUACCACCUACAAAUCAGGCCGGAGGGGGUGGCAGUGGAAAGUUCAAUAGUGAAAAUGACAGCGAGUGCAGCAGUGUUACAAGUGAUAGUUUACCAGCUGGAUCUGGUAAGAACCAGCUGGGAGCAAAUGCAGUUCUACUCAAGGCAAUUAUUGGAGAAUUGCAAGAGCGUAGGGAUGAAUGUGAGAAAUUACGUGAAAAAAUGGAUCGUUUUGAGACGAUGCAAAAGGAAAUGUCUGACUUAGCGUUGGCUCUUGAGUCUGAGCGUUACCGUGCUGAGCGUCUUGAGGAGCAAAUAAAUGAUCUGACAGAAUUGCAUCAGAAUGAGAUUGAAAACCUCAAACAAGCCAUGGCGGACAUGGAGGAAAAGGUUCAAUAUCAAAGUGAUGAAAGAUUGAGGGAUGUCAAUGAAGUUCUUGAAAAUUGUCAGACAAGGAUAUCGAAAAUGGAACACAUGUCUCAGCAGCAAUAUGUUACCGUGGAAGGGAUUGACAAUUCCAAUGCUAGAGCACUUGUUGUUAAACUUAUUAAUGUUGUCCUCACAGUCCUUCAAGUAAUUCUCCUUUUGGUGGCAACUGCAGCAGGAAUAAUAAUGCCAUUUUUGAAAACGAGAGUUCGUGUCCUCACAACUGUCUUCUUCAUCUUAGUCACAAUGUUUGCAAUAAGACAAUGGCCAGAUGUGAGAGAUAUUGGUUCUCACAUUGUGCGACAUUUAAAGGAAUCCUUGUUGAAUAAACAUGUGUAGAAAAGAUUUAGAAUUUAUUUAAAAAAAAGAAGAUAUAAGAUCGUUGUUAUUAAGGUAUAAAUGGUGGUCAUUAUCCUGUGAUCAUUUAAAACAUUUCCGGGUCUUUUUUUCCACAAUUAUAUCUCAAUUAAUUAAUUUUCAUUGAACUGUGUAUAGAUUUUAUAUUAAAAAGAAAUUAGCAGUUAAAAAUAAAUAAAUAAAUAAAAAAAGGAAGGUGACUGUUAUAUAAAAUAUUUAUAUCUAUAUAUAAAUACAACAAGGAUACGAGAGAAAUGUAAGAAGAAAAAAAUAUUAUAAGUAGAAACAGAAAAUGUAAAUGUUAAAGAAGGAAAUUAGGUAGUAGUUAAUGUGGUAAAGGCUGAAGAGAAAAUUUCGCAGUAGAAGAAAAGCAUAAAACAUUAAUCUUUAUGUUUUAUGUUAUUCAAUUUGAGGCUCUUACACCAAAACGAAGAGAGAUAGAUAUGAUCCAUUAUAGUUUUCAAUGGAUAAAAAAGAAUGGGGGUCAUAUGAGUGAGAUAAUAAUGUAUGUAAGUGUAGAAAGAAAAGUAGAUAGAAAGCAAAUCAUAAAUUCGCUCAAAUCAUUUUGUAAAAAAAAUAUAAAAAUCAUGUAAAUAAUUUAAAAUGUAAUAAUCAUUCUAAAAUAGAGUACAUAAUAAAAGAAAAAAAUCAAGAGCUACAGACAGAUAUUCUUAGGCCAUCAACGAAAAUAAUCAUACCUAUCUAUAUAAUAAAGAAAGGAUUUCUCCCCGUCUUAUUUAAAUACUUUAAAGAAAGUAAAAAAAAAAUGAGCUAAAAAUUGCUUUUUGUGUGGGUAAAGCAAAAAUCCUUCUUAGAUAAGAAUAAAGGAUGUAAUAUUCCGCAAAUUUAUUGUUUCAGGCGCAAGAUUUUCUUUUUAUAUUCAAAAGUUUUUUUUCUUUAAUAUAUUUCUUAGCAAUUUGGCACGCUUUAUGUAAAAAAAAUGGAUCCUAAAAAUCACACAUAGCAAAAAAAAUUGAAUUGUAAAAGAAUGAUCAAGUGAUUAUAAAAAAAAAUAUCAGAAUUUCAAAGAUAUAGGAGUUGAUUCUGGCAAAAAUCUUUUCUUUUUCUUGCAAAAUAAAAGAUUUUGACAGUUGAAAUUUUUAAAUUUUGUUCUAUUGUCGUUACACUAAAGAAAAAGAAACAAUCAAAGAGAUCAUGAAAAGUGAUUUUCUUUAACCAAAAAGAAAAACACGAUUAAAGAACAAAAAAAAUAGUUAAAAUCUUUUAAGAUGAUUUGUAAGAAAAGAAAAGAUUUUUAACAGAAUCCAUCCCAUAUUAUUAAUUUUAGGAAUAUCCUAUUUUGGCAAAUAAAUUUUUAUAUAUUUUAAGUUUAUAUUGUGGCUAUUGAGGUGUUUAUAAACGUUGGUAUACCAAUCAAAGUUUUAGUAGAAAGCACUUGUAAACUUUUCAAUUCAAACUAUAUUUAGAGAAUAAAUUAUUAGAAAGUAAAAAUAUUGGCAGACAGGUUUAUAAAAAAAAAAGAAAAUUGGGAAAAUUGUUUACGAGGUGACAAGAAAAGAAAUUCCAUGAAAAUCGUGACAAAAAUAAUAAAGAAUAUUGAAAAGUUAAUAAAAAAAA